CGCAAGCGCUGCCGUAAGCGCCCGACGCCGCGUGGCCUCGCCCCGCACCCUAUAAGUUCCGUUGGCCACCACACCAACCGUACAGACUCCCACAGCCCAGCCGCAGCUCCUCCGCCUCCUCCUGCUCCUCGGCCCCCUUCCGUCCAUCCCUCCUGCUGGUGACAAGAUGAAAAUGGCUGGCUCUGUUGUGCUGCUCAUUUCACUCCUAUCGGCUAUUGCUCCCCUACCCUCUGAAGCCCUCAACGUGAGAGGCCAUCUUCUUAAAUCAAAGACGUUCCGUUCUCCGCCCAUCUUACUGGGCCCUGGAUCAGUCUCAAACAAGUACCACCAUGAUGUCGACUUCCCCCGAGGCCACCUUGCAGUCAAGAGCUUUGAUGCAGAGGUCGUCGAUGAGAAUGGCGUCCCUGUCCCGCUCCAUGAGACUUACCUGCAUCACUGGGUUGCAGAACCAUACUAUGCUCUGAAGAACAGUCAGAGCCCCGAUACGCAGAAUCUUCCAAAAGGAAUGCUUAAAAGGAAUGAUGGAGUGUGCAAGACCACACUAGGCCAGUACUUCGGGCUCGGUUCCGAGACUCGCCACACUGCCACAUGGGUUCCUGAUCCUUAUGGAAUUGAGAUUGGCAAUGAAGACAAGGCCCCUGAAGGCUAUGAGGAGAAAUGGUUGCUCAAUAUUCAUGCCAUCGACACAAGGGGCGUGGUCGACAAGCCUAGCUGCACCGAGUGCAAGUGCGACUUUUACAAUGUCACAAUUGAUGAGUAUGGGCGCACAAUCUCAAAGAACUACACUGGUGGGCUAUUUUGCUGCUAUGAUCAGACCCAGUGUCGGGUCAAAGAAGGGUUCAAUGGCGAGGUGCGGAAGUUGUUCUUGCAGUACACCGUGACGUGGCUCGACUGGACUGAUGCGGUGGUGCCUGUCAAGAUUUACAUAUUUGACGUUACGGAUACUGCUAUGCUCGAUGGUACUCCUGAACAUUCUUGCAAGGUUGAGUAUCAAGUCGAGGAAUGCAGCGCAGAAAACCGAGCCAACAAUGAGUGCAUCCAUACUAAGACUGCUAGAGCGGCCUUGCCGCGUGGAGGAGAUAUCGUGUUCAGUGUUGCGCACCAGCACUCCGGAGGAGUUGGUGCUUCUUUGCAUGGCCAGGAUGGACGCCUUCUUUGUGAAUCGCUUCCAACUUACGGCACAGGGAAGGAGGCAGGAAACGAGGCGAACUACAUCGUUGGCAUGUCGACGUGCUACCCUAAGCCAGGAUCCAUCAAGGUCAGUGACGGUGAGGUGCUGACCAUCGUCUCCAACUACAGCAGCGUGCGCCAGCACACCGGCGUCAUGGGCCUGGUCUACAUCCUCGUGGCCGAGCCGCAGGAGCCAGCUCCGGCGCCAUCCCUGUGCUUCAGUUUCCCAGUCCCAUGGUGCCUACCGGCAUGGAUGUCUAGCAACAUGUGAAGAGUAGAUUAUCAUCUACCCCUAGCUAAUGGAGUGCAAUGCAAAUGGUGAGGACUGGAGAAGCUGAAACAAUCGCCGUGGAUCAAUCGUCAUAGUUAUACGAUGGAUGUGUUUUUGUCAUACUAGUAUUACUAGCUAAUAUACAGAAGCAGUCACCAGUCAGUGAGCAAUGUCAUUUCGAUGGACCAUCAGUUUCUGAUGCUUUGUACUCCCUCCGUCCGGAGUUACUUGUCUCGAAAAUGGAUGUAUCUAAAACUAAAAUAGGUCUAGAUAUAUCCAUUUCUGCGACAAGUAAUUCCGAACGGAGGGAGUAAUUAGUUAUUAUCAGUAGUAGCAGUGUAUGAAGCUGAGUUGUAUGAGUUGAUCCCCACCGAAAGAAAAACUUAGUGUCCAUAUUA